AGGGGGGGCUGAACUGCCUGUGGUCAGUGACAUCAUGGGACGCAGCUCUUCCUCAUUCAGAACACCCAAAAUGACUCGCUGACAUUCGGGCUUCURYAGGUUUUAAACGCAGAUUAUCUUGCCGAGGGUCUUCAAAGCCUCAAUCUGCUGCUUGUAGGCUGCAAACACACAAAUCCUUGUUUAAAAUAAGAAGUUAAAUAAGCGAAGGGCAAACUGAGGAAGUGGCUGCUGAGAUGGCUCCUUUGAUGUUUAAAGACGCGUUUUGGAGCUCAGACUUCACCUGCCACGCUGGGUACGACGCCGUGAUCCAGAGGCUCCGUGAUGGGAGGCAAAUGUGCAAAGAUAUGGAGGAGCUUUUGAAGAUGAGGGCAGUGGCAGAGGAAAAGUACGGGAAGGAACUGGUGACAAUUGCUCGGAAAGCCGGAGGACAGACAGAAAUCAGCACUUUGAGAGCGUCCUUUGAACAACUGAAAACCCAAAUAGAGAACAUUGGCAACUUUCACAUCCAAUUAUCUGAUCUAUUGAAAGAGGAGGUGAAAAAGAUUGAGACUUUCCGAGAACGUCAAAAAGAGCAGAAGAAAAAGUUUGAAAGCAUCAUGGAGAAAGUUCAAAAGAAGAAGGUCAGCUUGUACAAGAAAACCAUGGAGUCUAAAAAGACCUAUGAAGUAAAGUGCAGAGAAGCUGACGAGGCAGAGUCAGCUGAGCAAACAAAUGUUCCAGCCAAAAAUACUGAAAAGGUGCGUCACAAGGUCAAACAGUGUCGACAAGCUGCCACCGAAGCAGAGAGAAUGUACCUCACCAACAUCGAUCAGCUCGAAACCGUUCGUCGAGACUGGGAAGAAACCCACAAAAGCACAUGUGAGGUCUUCCAGCAGCUGGAGGGAGACCGGAUCAACAUGCUGAGGUGUGCCCUCUGGGAUCACUGCAACCAUUUCUCCAUGCAGUGUGUCAAGGACGAUGAGCUGUACGAGGCGGUGAGGACGCUUCUGGAGCUGUGUGACAUCACCACGGACAACAACUGUUUUAUAGAGAUGAAAAAGACGGGAUCCAAGCCACCAGAUCCCAUAGUGUUUGAAAGCUGCAACUCAGCUGGGAUGAAGAGGAACAGCAACGGGCAAGCUUUUUUUCCUCAAGAAGACAUGUCAAGAAGGAGCUCAGAGUCUUUACUCMGAAGGUCUGCGAGCAUCAAUACCGAAAGCCCCACAGCUUCACGGCCAACCCUGCCGUCUGUUGCAGAAAGCGAAACAAAUGAUAAUGGAUAUGCGCCCCUUCCUUUAUUACCCUCUGCCCCUGAGGACGAACAGUUCUAUGUUGUGCUUUAYGAGUACACAGCACAGGAGCAAGACGAACUGUCUGUGAGCAGAGGGGACAUAGUUCAGGUCCUGGUGAAAGAAGAAGAUGGCUGGUGGACAGUGGAGAGGAACGGGUACAGUGGGCUGGUGCCGGGAAACUAUCUGGACAAAAUCUAACUCCAACCCAAACUAUACAGACAAGUUUCCAGCUCCUAGAYACCUUAUUGCAGUCCUGACAUAAGUUUAAUCAAAAAUAUGAUUAUGUACGUGACUGAAACCUGUUUACAGGCUGUAAAAACAGGAGCCAAGUCCCAGACACUGCGGGCAAAUAUUUAUCCCUGAACAACAAAGAAAGGUUAUUUAUGUGACUAAUUUAGUCUGGCAG